UCCAGACUCGGUGUAGCGACACGUUUCCUAAAACGUCGGAGACAGAGAGGACAAGAUCCUCUUGUACUUGCUGCUUUGGUCACAGCGUUCUCGUUUUGUGUUUGAACAGUCCUGUUUGUGCCUGUUUUUAAAAUUUGAACGUGAGAAGAGGGAGAGAGGGAGAGAAACGAUAGCAAGUUAUAUCAUUGUUUUAUUUACUGAAUUUCCCAAUAGUUGCGUAAACUUACGCCAGUACAUUUUUUUAAGUUUCUGGUUUGAGUUUUGAGUUGAAUUGAAACGGGAGGAGAGGAGGAUUAAAAAAAAAAGUGAGUAAAGGGGAGAGUAGAGGAGAGGGAGAGUCUCUCUGUUACUGAGUGUGUUAAACAGAAGAGCUUCUCAGUCCACCAGAAAGCCAGUAGUGAAUUUAAGAGCAGUCGAAGUGCUUUCCCAGCUGUCUCGAGUUACAGGAUGAAGCUGUGAGUUUUAGGAUCCGGGAGGGAGGGUGUAUUGAGAUUAGGGUCACUUUUACAUUUCCUGGAUCUACACAAACCGACACAGCUGAAGAUUUCUCUGCAUAAUUACAGAUUGAUGGCAGUGGAUUAAACCCCUACAGAUCCUCACCCCUGACCCAUCUCUCUCUCGCACUCUGUCUCUCUGUUGGAGGAGAAUGGUCCGCAGAGCCAGCCUCAUUAUCUGUGGAGUCGUGCUGUUCAUCGCCUGGAACGCCCUGCUCCUCCUCUUCCUGUCGUGGCGGCCUUCCAUUGGCAGCACUGGGACCGGGGGCGGGGCCGAGCCGGGAGAGGGCAGGGAGUGGGACGGGGACUUGACGCGAAACGUGGUGCAAUUGGCCGAAGAAGUGGAGGCGGAGCUGGAGAAACAGAAGCUGCUCUUGCAGCAGAUUCAAAGCUACCGCUCUCUGUGGGAGAAGAAGAAAAAAAACAACAACAGCCAGAUAAAAGACAAAAAUCCCGUCCAAUUAAACAAAAAGGACGCUGGCGCGAGGGAACCGGAGAACGCAGGAUUGCAGAAAAUCCCUGACGUGAAAGAUAUCGUCAUUCCUGUGUUAGUGGUCGCCUGUGACCGCCCCACAGUGCGCCGGAGCUUGGAUAAGCUGCUGUACUACCGCCCUUCCAAGGAGCUGUUCCCCAUUAUUGUGAGCCAGGACUGCGGGCACGAGGAGACGGCCAGGGUGAUCGGCUCGUACGGGGACCAGGUGAUGCACCUCCGACAGCCUGACCUCAGCGAUAUCCAGGUCCGGGCCGACCACAGGAAGUUCCAGGGCUAUUACAAGAUCUCCCGGCAUUACCGCUGGGCUCUGAAUCAGGUCUUCCACACCUUCAAAUACCAGGUGGCCAUCAUUGUGGAGGAUGACCUGGAGGUCGCUCCUGAUUUCUUUGAGUAUUUCCGCUCACUCUUCCCCCUUCUCCUGGAGGACAAAACCCUCUGGUGCGUGUCAGCCUGGAACGACAAUGGCAGGGAUCAGAUGAUCGACCCCAAAGCCCCAGAGCUGCUCUACCGGUCAGACUUCUUCCCCGGCCUGGGCUGGAUGCUGCUCAAGGAGCUCUGGGAGGAGCUGGAGCCCAAGUGGCCAGCCUCCUUCUGGGACGACUGGAUAAGGCAGCCUGGGCAGCGCAAGGAGAGAGCGUGCGUUAGGCCCGAGAUCUCCCGCACCAUGACAUUCGGCCGCAAGGGAGUCAGCAUGGGCCAGUUCUACGACCAGUACCUCCACUUCAUCAAACUCAACGACCAGUUUGUGCCUUUCUCUCAGCGCGAGCUGGCUUUUCUCAAGAAGGAGGCCUACGACCGGACGUUUGCGGAAAGCGUGUACACUGCCCCCGCAGUCCGGGUGGAGGAACUGCACGCAAACAAAGUGACGGUCCCAGGGCCGGUUAGGGUGCAGUAUUCCACUAAGGAUACUUUCAAAGCUUUCGCUAAAGCUCUGGGAAUCAUGGAGGAUAUGAAAUCUGGGGUGCCUCGAGCCGGCUAUCGAGGCGUGGUCAGCUUAAUGUUCAGGGGCCGGCGGGUGUUUUUGGCACCCCCACCUGGAUGGAAAGGGUACGACACCACCUGGAGUUAGCCCCGCCUCCUUUUACAGAUUGAGUAUUUUUAUUCGUACUGUAGAACCACAGUGGCUGCCACCAAUGCUGAAUAUUGGAUAUUGAAUAUUUCAACAUCUUUCUUUACGGUGUAAUAAGGAUAUACAGGAAUGUCGACAAGUCAGGUCUGAUUAGCUUAUGGGAGCUUAGUAAAACUCGGUAAUUUCCACGUUUUUCAUUUUGUGAGUUUUGAUAACGAUUCAACAGCAGAUGCGUUUUUGAACAGCAGGAUCAAGCCUCACAGGAAAAUGAACGUCUCAAGGAAGGAAACUUGUCUAACUUGAUUCUGUACCAGUUCAAAAAAAACGAACGAUGCCCAACAUUGCCUAUUUUCUCUUUCUUUGAAAUAAGUAUUUAUACUUUUUUGCAAUGAUUCCUUCAUACAAUAUGGUGCGUAUUUUUUUAAUGUUUUUAAUUCUUCACCUUUAAUUUAUUGUUCCAGUUUGACUAAAUAAAAGUGACUCUCUAA